GGACUUUUUCGCGUUCUCGGCUUGAUGCGUGAAUGUUCGAAUUGUUUAUAGUUCACAUAGUGACGUCAUAGGUUCAUUUACUGAGCUGUGCGUUAACAUUUGUUAAGUAAAGCCACGCUGUAUGUCUGCUGUUUGUGCCGAAGGAUAACCGGUGAACUACCGAUUAACUCACCCUCACUAAACGGUCUGGACUCUGCAGCGUUCAAAGGGCGAUGUUGGCAGUGGUUUUCAGGUCAGCUGUCACCAAAUAUAAGGGGUUGCGGUUGCCUAGUCAAACUGUGGCCAGAGCCAUGUCAUCUUCAGGUGGUGCCACCCCUCCGUACACGACCCUGGCCAUCAGUCGCCCUACAGAGUCCAUCACGCAUGUUGAACUUCACCGGCCUGAGAAACGCAAUGCCAUGAACAGUGCUUUCUGGAGUGAGAUGGUGACUUGCUUUAAUGAGCUCUCUGAGGACGCCCAGUGCAGAGUGGUGGUAGUUUCUGGAGCAGGGAAGCUCUUCACAGCUGGUAUCGAUCUCAUGGACAUGAUGAACAGUGUACUUCAACCAGAAGGAGACGACACAGCCAGAAUCUCCUGGGGGAUCAAAAAAAAGAUUAAGAAAUUGCAAGAGACCUUCUCCGUCAUAGAGAAGUGCCCGAAGCCUGUUGUGGUGGCCAUCCAUGGAGCCUGUGUAGGAGCAGGUGUUGACAUGAUUACAGCCUGCGACAUUCGCCUGUGUACCCAGGACGCCUGGUUCCAAGUGAAGGAGGUUGACAUUGGACUUGCAGCAGAUGUUGGAACACUCCAGAGACUCCCGAAGGUCAUCGGCAGCCAAAGUCUUGUUAAUGAACUGGCUCUGACAGCAAGAAAGAUGUAUGCUGAUGAAGCUAAGAGCAGUGGACUGGUCAGCCGAGUGUUUGCAGAUAAGGAGGCGAUGAUGGCUGGAGCUCUGGAGAUUGCUGGAGAGAUUGCUGGUCGCAGCCCAGUUGCUGUGCAGGGCACCAAAAUAAACCUCAUCUAUGCCAGAAACCACAGCGUAGCAGAUGGAUUGGAUUACAUUGCCACGUGGAACAUGAGCAUGCUUCAGACUGAAGAUCUGAUGAAAUCAGCUCAGGCAGCCCUCGAGAAGAAGAGUCCCAAAACUAAGACAUACUCUAAACUCUGAACACCAGUGAAGCAAAGCUCAGAUACAGAAAGUGCCUCUUUCCUCCUCCACUAUGGCCUUUGUUGCACGUUUUAUAUAUCAAAAUUACAUUUACUAGCUGGAGAUCUGUAUCCACACUAGACAGUAUUUUAAUGUCAUUAUGUGUUUAAAAAUUCAUUCAGGUUCAUAUUUCUCCUGCUCUAAUAUCAGAUAUGGAUAAUAUUUAACUAAGGCAAAUCUUAACUGACCUUACAUGUUUAAUCCAUGAGCUGAGAAACAUUUUGUUCAUCUGUAAAUGACCUGAAUGUUUCCUUAUUAAAGAGACUCGUGUGAAAGUGA